AUGGCGCCUUCAGUCUCGUUAGUCAACAAGCUCAAGGUACAGCUCAAGCUGUCAAUAUCGCGACUGCGCAUGGUCCAGCAGAAAGAUAGCGCCAAGGUCAAACAGCAGAGGAGAGAGAUGGCGCAACUGAUCGAGGUCGGCAAAGUGCAAUCAGCGCGCAUACGCGUCGAAAACAUAAUCCGCACCGAUAUCACCACGGAACUGCACGAGAUCCUCGAACUCUACUGCGAACUACUACUCGCGCGCUCCCAACUCCUCGAAUCGCAAGUAUCCUCUUCAAACACCACCUCCGCAUCCACCUCGACCCUCCUCGACCCCGCGCUAGAAGAAGCCGUCCGCAGCAUAAUAUACGCCGCGCCGCGAACCGAGAUCAAGGAACUGCAUACCGUGAGGGCGCUGUUGGUGGACAAGUUCGGGAAGGAUGUCGCAGUCGCUAGUAUGGAAGGGGAGGGUGUUGCGGAACGGGUCAUGAAGAAGCUGAAGGUUGAGACACCGAAGGAGGAGCUGGUUGAGGCAUACAUGACGGAGAUUGCGAGGUUCUACGGCGUACCAUACGGCACAGCCAAGAGUGAAGACGAAGACGACGACGACGACGAGCCAUCGGGUGGCGUAGCGGAGAAAGCCGACGCCGAUCUUGAAGACCCCAUAUCCACCGACGACAGCACGAGCAAAAAGGCAGAAGAGAGGGAAGCGUUAGCGAAAGCCUCGACACCCAAAAAGCUGGGUCCGCAAAGUCCGCUGAGAGUUGUUCCGCCCAGCCCUAGUACGGAUAACGUAGCGCCGAGGUUAAAGUUACCGGGCAGUGCGGCGGCGAAAGUAGCGAAGAGCGAGGCGAAUACGAAGAAGCCGGCGAAGAAGGAGGAUGGGCUGGGCAAGAUUCCUGAUGUGGAUGAGCUUUCGAGAAGGUUUGCCGAGUUGAAGAGGUGA